CUUCUGUCAAGUCAAGCCUGGCACUUUUCUUUUUGACAACGGACAAAAACAAAAAUGGUGAACGUACCGAAACAGCGUCGUACGUUUUGCAAAAAGUGCAAAGUGCACAAGUUGCACAAAGUCACUCAGUACAAGAAGUCCAAGGAACGUCACGCUUCUCAAGGUAGAAGACGUUACGACCGUAAACAACAAGGUUUCGGAGGUCAGACUAAGCCUAUUUUCAGGAAGAAGGCAAAGACCACCAAGAAAAUCGUACUGAGAAUGGAAUGCGCCGAGUGCAAGUACAGGAAGCAAAUCCCCCUGAAAAGGUGCAAGCACUUCGAACUGGGAGGUGACAAGAAACGUAAAGGACAAAUGAUUCAGUUCUAGAUCCUUUUUUUUUAAGUUACAUAAUUAAAAUUUAAACAAAAAAAAAA